AUGCCGCUACACCUCCUCGGCAAGAAGUCAUGGAACGUCUACAACCCAGAGAAUAUCGCUCGCGUCCGGCGCGACGAGGCGCAGGCCAAAGCUCGGGAGGAAGAAGAGGAGCGUCGCAUGCAGGAGGUCGAUGCCGAGCGAAGAAUCCAAAUACUGCGCGGAGAACGACCCUCAACCCCCCCUCCACCGCCGCCGGAGCCUUCUGACUCUUUUGCCAACAAACACAAGUCUUACUCGGAAGAUGCGGCGAGGCGCAGGAAAAGAAGACGACUGGCUGGGGAGAACGACACGGACAGAGAUAUCAGACUGGCCCAAGAGGAUGCAAAGAUAGCCCUAGCCACCCAGGACCAGCAGGCUCGUGUCCGUUCAAGCGAUGCGCCCCUUCACGAUAGCUCCGGGCACAUUGACCUGUUUCCUCAGGGAAAUGCCCGCAAACCAGUUGAGAAGAACGCGGAAGCUGAGAAGGAAUCUGCUGAGAAGCAACGAAGACUCGAAGAUCAAUACACAAUGCGCUUCUCCAAUGCAGCGGGUUUCCGGCAAUCGGUCAAUCAAAAUCCCUGGUAUUCAUCUUCCCGAAAUGAUACACAACCAUCAGAAUCCAUGCCAAGCAAGGAUGUCUGGGGCAAUGAGGAUCCUCGAAGGAGAGAACGGGAAAAGGCCAGGUUGGUUGCCAACGACCCUCUAGCAGCGAUGAAGAAAGGUGUGCAACAGCUCCGGUCUGUUGAGCGCGAAAGGAAUAGAUGGAACGAGGAACGAAAACGAGAGCUUGAGGAAAUGAAAUCCACGGAAAGGCGCCGGUCGCAUUCCCGAAGAAGGCGGUCACCGUCGCUAGAUAGCCUUGAGGGCUUCAGGCUUGAUGCUUCUUCAGAUAGCCGUCAGAAACAUCAUGAAAGAAGCUCUCGUCGACAUCAUGAUCGCAAGGACGGAAGUCGAGAUCGCUCGCGUCAUCGACAUUCGCAGCCUAAGUCAGACUCUCAUUCUCGUCGCCAUGACCGCCAUAGACGGGCGGAAUCAAAAACUCGAGUGAGAUGA